CGUCACUUCCUCUUUAAACAUGGCCGCGCACUGACAAAUGUCACAUUUCUCCCGUUGUUGUAAACAUUCAGUUAUUAACGUUUAUUUUUUAGCAACUUUCCAUCAAAAAAUAAAGAAGGAGAAAGCAGAGGAUAUUUUGAUUCACUCCGUUCAACAUCGGCCGCGGCAUUUUGGUAUUUCUUUGCUCGGUUCUAAAGCACACUAAGUUGGGUAAAAGUGUCUGUGGUUGCAGGCUAAUCGAGCCAACACCAUGGUUCAUUUAUCAUCUCUCCUGCUCAAAAAUUACCACGGAGGUUACGUUGUCAUCCGGUUGGCUCUUGCAGGCCACAAACAAGCGAACAGACCUUUUUAUCGAAUCGUGGCAGCUUACAACAAAAGGGCAAGAGAUGGAAAAUACAUAGAGCAGCUGGGCACCUACGACCCCCUCCCCAACAUCUACAAUGAGAAACUCGUCAGCUUCAACUUUGACCGAAUCAAGUACUGGAUCGGCUGUGGCGCACACCCUACCAAGCCAAUUUCUAAACUUCUUGGGUUGGCAGGAUUUUUUCCUCUGCACCCAAUGACGAUAACAGAGGCAGAGCGUCAAAGAGCACAAACCGAGCCGAUAGCAGCAGGACCAGGAGAUGAUCUACAGCAGGGACAGAAGGAGGCUGAACCGUGAGAAUUAAAGCUGGGAAUGGUUUUAAGACUAGUUCAAAAGGAUGACAGUUAUUUGGAGGGAACGGAUUGAUAUAUUUCCCAACUUUUCUUGAAGCGAUGCCAGAUUAAGAUGUGUUGUUCUAGUUGCUCUAGCAGUGGUUAUGGACACUUCUUUUUAAAACUGAUUCUCAAUCUAAAGCAAUUGUUUCAGGUUUAUGAGAGAGGAGGUCCGUGACAGAUAGUUGUGUAUUUAAUGCUUUAUUUGACUUGAAUAAAAUGUUUCAAUAUCAUUUCAUUUUGUUGUCGUUCAAGCAGAUUAUUUUUCAAUCUGACUUUGUUUAACAUUUUCAAGACCUUCCAUGGAAAAAAUAUUUUGUUUACUUUCAACUGGUCUCAUUAAGGGUGUUGUCAUUUUAAAUUGUGUGUUUUGUUUCUUUUGAGACUAAUAAAAAGAAAAUAGUCUGUGGGCUACACCAACACAAAAUAAAUUACCUGCCUUUGUUUAAACUA